AUGCUCACGCUGGUCGGACUGAACACUAGAAGUGCCCUUUGGAGCUCCCCAAUCCAGCAUGCGGCUCGCCGGUGCGCGGCUCGCCUUGUACCUCGUCGCAACAUGACGACGAUCAAGACCUCUGUCGACGAAGCAGAACAAGUUCUGGUCGCACAGCGUAAGCAUAGGCCCGUUUCGCCCCAUCUCACCAUCUACCAGCCUCAACUCACAUGGUACUUGUCGUCUCUGCACCGUGUCACCGGUGUUUUCCUCGGCUUUGGCUUCUUUGGGGUCGUGAUCGCGUUCGGCGUGUCCACGCUCUUUGGCUUGGGUCUCACUACGGACAAACUCGCGCAAUACUACCAUGAAAAGGUGCCCAAAUGGGCAGACAUCACGCUCAAGGGUUCCGGUGCUUACUUGUUGGCAUUCCACUUUAGCAACGGUAUCAGGCACUUGAUCUGGGACGCCGGUAAAGCCUUGUCGCUCAAGGGAGUCUACUCUACCGGCUAUGCCGUGCUAGCGUUCACUGCGGUCGUUGGUACCUAUCUUUUCGCCCAGUAA